GGUACGAGGUGUUCCUGAUCUGUGAGCGCCGUCAUGCUUUUGCAGUUUUGCCAACGUUUGUAACUCUCUCUGUGAAGAGAGAGCUUUGUUGUGUUGUGUUUGUUGACACACUCUUCCGAAAAUUGAAUGGAGCCCAUUUGCCCUAUUUACUCUGGGUGUGCCACUGAAAUCUCUGCACUUCUCACUCCUCCCUCACCUCUUCAAGUUCAGGAAUAUUAUCAUAACCUUUUGUCUGCAAGGCAGUGCACUGGUAUCACAGUCAAACAUGAUGGGAACUUUGGAAAGGGUGUAUAUGCUGCCAUGGACUUCAAAGAGGGGGAACUUGUUCUGAAGGAUCACAUGUUUGUGGGGUCUCAACACUCUUUCAACAAGAUUGAUUGUUUUGUCUGUAGCUUCUGCUUUCGUUUUAUUGGUUCCAUAGAACUUCAAAUUGGAAGGAGGCUUUACUUGCAACAAUUAAGGGCUAAUGACAGUCAUGGUUGUGAUGUGGGAAACUUUUUGGAACCUUCCAAAAACUGCCAUGAAAUGGAUUCAUCUGAUGAAGAGGAGAGCACUCAGCAAUGUGCUUCUGGUAGUUCCAAAACUAGAGUUCCUCUCCCUGAAGGUGUUGUGGAAUCAUUAAUGAAUGGCCAAUUGAGAUUGCCUUGCUCUGAGGAGUUCUCCUUGCCGCCUGCUGUUCCAUGCCCUGGUGGAUGUGGAGAAGCUUAUUAUUGCAGCACGUCGUGCGCAGAGGCUGAUUGGGAAUCCUCCCAUUCUUUACUCUGUACUGGCGAGAGUUCUGAUCUGGAACAUAGGGAGGCACUCCUUAAAUUCAUCAAACAUGCUAAUGAAACAAAUGAUAUAUUCCUCCUUGCUGCAAAAGCUAUUUCUUCUACCAUAUUAAGGUACCACAAGUUGAAAGCAAACCAUCUUGAAGAGCAAGUGAAAUGUGAUACAUCCUGUGUUUCAAACCACCGUAAUUUCUCUCUUCUUCAGGAAGCUUGGAGGCCUAUAUCAAUGGGACACAAGAGAAGGUGGUGGGAAUGCAUUGCAUUGCCAGAUGAUAUUGAUCCUUCUGAUGAAGCUACGUUUAGGAAACAAAUAAAAGAGUUGGCAUUUGAGUCUCUCCAACAUCUUAAGACAGCUAUAUUUGACAAGGAAUGUGAGCCAUUAUUCUCCCUCGAAAUCUAUGGACAUAUCAUCGGCAUGUAUGAGCUGAAUAAUCUUGAUUUGGUUGUAGCUUCUCCUGUGGAGGAUUACUUUUUAUACAUUGAUGAUCUGACAUAUCCUAAUAAGGAAGAAGCUAUGAAAAUUACACAACCAAUUCUGGAUGCUCUUGAUGAAGACUAUUCUAUUUGUUGCCAAGGAACUGCGUUUUUUCCUUUGCAAAGCUGCAUGAACCAUUCCUGUUGUCCCAAUGCCAAAGCUUUCAAAAGAGAUGAGGAUAGAGAUGGCCAAGCAACAAUAAUUGCACUGAGGUCCAUAUGUAAAGGAGAAGAGAUAACAAUCUCAUAUGUUGACGAGGACCUUCCAUUUGAAGAGAGACAAGCAUCCCUUGCAGAUUAUGGUUUUAGAUGCAGCUGUCCAAAGUGCAUUAAAGAAGAGCCAUGAUACUAAAACAGUCAUAUGCAGAAUCGAACUGUUUUAGAAAUACAAUGAGGCUUUCUCAACCUUGACAGAGUUAAAUUGCAAAGAAAAGAGCAGGGAUGGCACUCAAAGGGAAACACUUGUUAGGAGAACUUGUAGUUGUUUUGAAACUUUGGCUUCUUUCAAAUACAUCCACAAUUGUCUGCAUACAAACAUAUGUUACACCAGUUGUUUCAUUUUUUUAUUCCAUAGAAGCAAUUGGGAUGUAUUAACAGAGAGAUUGAUGCACUUAAGUCACCAUAAAUUAUUAUAAUU